AUGGAAAAGAAGAGUUCAUGGUUUCUGGUUUGCACAAUAGCAGAGACUCAGUAGUCAUAAAGGAGACUAAUGUGUGGAUGAGAAGUGUCAAGCCCCUUGCAAGGCUUUAUACUAUAAAAAACAAGAAAUGAAUCCAACAAAUGAUGAUACAGUGCUUGGGACCAUAUUUGACUGGGACUAUCUCUUAUGGGAAGUUCGUUUGACGUUUCUAGCUGCUGGUUUUUUAAUCUAUCUGGGAGUUUUUCUUCUGUCUCACUGGAUGUCUUCAUGGAUGAGUACCACUUAUCGUGCCUUGUAUGCAAAGGAGAAGGUCUUUUGGAAUAUGGCAGUUACACGUGGUGUGUUUGGUCUUCAGAGCUGUGUUGCUGGUUUAUGGGCUUUGCUCAUAGAUCCCGUUUUUCAUGCUGACAAAGUGUAUUCACAACAAAAGUGGAGCUGGUUUAACUGUUUGAUAGCUGCUGGGUUUUUUUUGCUUGAAAAUGUAGCUGUUCACUUGUCCAAUAUCGUUUUUAGAACAUUUGAUGUUUUCUGUAGUUCAUCACCUCCUUGCUUUUGGUGGCUUGGCUGGUCUAGUACUAAUGUAAAAUCUGGACACUAUCUACCUUUGAUGGGAAUGUUGCUGGAGAUGAGUACUCCCUCAACCUGCAUUUCCUGGAUGCUUUUAAAGGCUGGCUGUGCUAAUACCUUUUUCUGGAAGGCAAACCAGUGGGUAAUGAUCCACCUGUUUCACUGCCGCAUGAUUCUUACUUAUCACAUGUGGUGGGUGUGUAUUGCCAACUGGAAUUACGUGGUGGAAAAUCUGGGACUUCUUCAUUUUAUUAUUUUAUUUUCGGGAUUGUUUGCAGUCACACUAAUACUUAACCCGUACUGGACAUACAAAAAAACUCAACAGCUUCUCAACCCAACUGACUGGAACUUUGAAAGUAAAGCAGUGAAAAAUGGAAAAUUAAGUGGUGAUACAUAUCAAAAGAAGAGGAUAUAACGCUGAAAUGGCUGUCUCCUAAGAUAAUAGUAGAAUUCAGCAGAAGAAUACAAUGCAAAGUAAUUAUUUGCCCAUGAAAUAGAAGCAUUUGCAAGAAGCUCAUUAACACAGUGGUUCCUUGCUGUUAGUAUUCUGUGUGCACCAGAAGUAUUUAAAAAUCGUUGUCUGUAUUUAAUAUAUGCAUACACAUAAGAUCUUAAACCUCUUAGUUAAGGAUUAUGCCAGCAGUUUUUUCAGGUUGGACAGUAUUUCAUGGUUUAGUACUGACAGGCUCUCUAACGGUGUCUUUUAUCUUAACACUUCCAAGUGGCUUUGUAGAUAAAUUAACUAUUAAGAUUAACUUGCAUCAAAUUUAGCAUGAAUCCCAUUUCACAUGUGUUGGAGAUACUGAUGCUGAAAAUUAUGUUAGGAAGCUUGUGAAAAUCAAUUUUUACCCCAGUUAGGUAUACAUAGAUACCAAGAUCCUGUGUGCCUUUAAAAGAUUCUGAGUGAUUGCACUCGUCAUAUUGCAGAAUGCAGUUGUAGCUGGGCUUUUGUUGGUGGGUUUUUUUUUUUCAGUUUAAGUGCAAUUGAGGGAAAGGAUCAUUAGAGCGUUCACUGUCAGCGUGAGAUAUAGUUCCAAGUUGCCCUCAGACCGGGAGGAGUUCAUUAUCACUGCAUGCAUGUGGUAAGGAGUGAGGAUGCAGAUCUUUAUUAUGCUGGUGGGCUAGCUAGAGGUAAUCGUAAUGGUUCUUUCUGGAUUGGAAAUCUGUGGAAUCUAGGAGUUGAUUGUAAAACUUUUGGCUCUGUUUUAUCAUUGAAAGGCUUGCUGCUUGAUGGGUAAAAUAUCCUUAUUGUUCGUCCCAAAUGAACAGUCAUGCAGUUCGUUCCACUGAUGCUCCUGUUAACGGUGGUUCUUCAGUUUUGGAAAUCCUCUGUUGUAGAGAUUUUUAGAAUCUCGGGUGAUUCCUCUUUAGAGGAAAACUUGCUUAAUGUCAUAUAGAAGUUCAGUUGUUCUUUUAGUAUUUUAUUUUACUUUGAAGGACAUAUGGAGUGAGGCUAACAAUGCUUUGCACUUUAUCUGCCACAGCACUAAACCUUUUCUUGACCUAGGGGACAGAGUUGUUUUUUAGAUAGAGGCUUCGCAAAUUGUAGUGGAUGUUAUCCUACAGUGUUGGUCUGGUUGUUCCUGGGUGAGAUUUUAUGUAGCAGAUGAAGGUAUAAAGAUCAUGAUAGG